UCUACAUUAAUUAACAUGAGGACAGUCAAUGAGCUAAUUCCCGGUCUACCCAAUGAACUAGCCGUCGAGUGUCUGAUGCGAAUUCCGGCCGACGGAUUUGCUGUUUCUUCAACAGUUUGCAAAGCUUGGAAGGCUGAAAUCGAGCUGCCAGAGUUUCGCCGGAGCAGGAAAGUUGCCGGCUUGUCACGUUGUCUUUUAGUUAUGGCGCAGGCAUGGAGGGCGGCGCCGCCUCUUUACCGGCUAACUCUUUGUGAUCCGGAAUCCGGUAACUGGUCGGAUCUUCCACCUUUGCCGUGGUUUCCGGCGGGUUUGCCCUUGUUCUGUCAUGUUAUUGGAGUCGGGUCGGAUAUUGUAGUAUUGGGAGGAUGUGACCCGGAAACAUGGCAGGUUUGUAAUUCGGUUUUUAUUUAUAAUUUUGUCUCUGGCGAAUGGAGGUGCGGAGCUGGCAUGCCAGGUCAGCAGAGACUGUUCUUUGCUGCCGCGUCUGAUUCGGAGCGGAUGAUCUACGUGGCAGGCGGACACGACGAGGAAAAGAACGCAUUGAAAUCUGCCCUUGCGUAUGACGUGGCGAAUGAUAAGUGGGAAAUGUUACCUGACAUGGCGAGAGAGCGAGACGAAGGUAAAGGCAUAUUCCUACGUGGCAAAUUCCAGGUCAUCGGUGGUUAUAUUACAGACAAACAAGGUGAGUUCGAGUCAGACUCGGAAUCAUUCGACGUGGCAACUCAGAAAUGGGAUUCUGUUCGUAAAGAUUUCUUAGAAUCUGCCAUCUGUCCUAGUAAUUGCGUGGUGGACGGUGGGGAUGACAAUGACAUGGUUUACAUGUGUAAGAACGGAAAGGUGACGUGUCUAGAGGGUUCCAGCUGGGUGGUGCGUGAUAGGGUGCCAGAUGACGUGGCAAGGGUGGCUUAUGUGACAGCGUGGCAGGGGAAGUUAUUUGUGAUUGGCUCGGCGGAAGAGGAUGGCCCACAUAAUGCUUAUCAAAUGGACCUUAAGAGUCUGACGUGGACAAAGAUUGAGGCUCCUGGAUUUUACAAGGGUCAUGUUCAAUCUGGGUGCUGCUUGCAAAUCUGAUCUGUAUUCAUAUUCUUCAGAUUCACUUUUUUGAAAAACAGUAGUUUUCAAAUUAUUAUCAGUUUAAAAUAUCUUGUAAU